AUGUUGAGUUGGGAGGCAAGAACACAGAUUCAACAACUCUGGGAUUUGAUAUCUUUAGGGGAUGAUGUUUGCAUAUCGGCUAACAAGGCUAAGUCGUUCAAGAAGGAAGUCUCCGAAUUGGAGUCGUUAGUUAAUCGACUAUCGCAAAUGCUGAAAACCCUGCUUUGUUUCGUUACUUCAAUGCAUAAUUCCCUUUACUUGCGCCCACUUCAUUGCAUAGUCGCCGAGGUUAAGGUUGGCUUUGAGCACGCCCUCUCUAUUAUCCACAAAUGCAAACGCAGAAACCUAUUUUGGAAACUCUUCACCACCUGCAGCAAUGCAACCCAAUUUGUGGAGCUCUUCAACUGUUUAAAUGCUUCUAUCAGCGAUAUGAAAUGGCUGCUUUCCAUCUACAUGCCCCAAAGUUGCUCGACGCUGACGUACGAGAAACCAGUUAAGGUUAAGGUGUGGUCUUGCAUCGCCACCGUCAAAAUGGGGCGUGCAUUGGAAGAUCGCGUCCUGGCGUUGAAACAACUGGCAUCACUUGCUGAGCAAAACGAUGAGUAUAAGAACAUUAUUUAUGAAGAAAACGGGGUACCGUCUUUACAAAAGCUUUUAAAGGAGAAGAUAUCUUUGGAUGCUCAAAUCAUGGGUGUCAAAACACUUUGCCUUUUAGCUAACGAGAAGGAGAGGAAAAGGGUUAUUCUGAAGGAAAUGAUUUCUACAAUCUUAAGUCGUUCAUCAAGAACAUCGCUGGUUACGUUGCUGUCACCUGCAGAUGGUACUAAAUCGAAUCUGAAAUUGAAACUUAGUUGUUCUAGGGCUUUAUGGAUGCUUGUUCAAGGGAGCAUUUCAAAUUGUAAGACAUUGACGGAGACAAAAGGAAUGCUAUGCUUGGCUAAGUUGAUGAAAACGGAAAAAGAUGAAUUACAAUACAAUUGCUUAAUGAUUAUAAGAGAAAUCACAGCCAUUGCUGAAUCAAAUAAUGAAUUUAGACAUUCCACCUUUAAGAGUUCUUCUCCGGCUGCAAAGGCAGUUGUCGAUGAGCUAUUGAAGGUAAUCAAAGAAUUCGACAACAUGAAACUAAGAAUUCCGGUAAUCAAGUCAGUCGGUUCAUUGGCAAGGUCUUUUUCAAUGAAAGAGUGCCAAGUAAUUAGUCCACUGGUGGCCCGACUAGGCGAUAUGGACAGGGAAGUUGCAAUGGAAGCUUCUAUUGCUUUGCAAAAGUUUAUCUGCCCAAAUAAUUACCUCUUUUGCGAGCAUUCAGAGUCUAUAAUUGAAUCGAACGGCGUACCAUUGUUAAUCUAG